UAUUAGCAAGUGGAGUAUACAACAUUGUAUUUACUUUUUCAAGAUGACAGUUUUGAAGAAGUACCUUUAUAUCUGUUUAACACAUUUGGUAAUGUUGAAGACAGUGAUAUGUGGCACAGUUGAAACUGUCAAAACUAAUUUAGAAGUUCCAGUUAAUCAAACUGCGCAAUUGAAGUGGAGAGUUGUCCCUGAUUUAGGGGAAGAAAUAUCUACGGCAGAGGUUUUUGUUCUUGGAUCACCCAAUGUUCAAAUAAUCAACUUUGUAUCAACCCUCACAACUGCUGGUGAAGAAAGGUUUGGUAAUAGAUUAUCUGGAAGCUUGACAAAUGGUAUAUAUACACUAUCUAUCAAAAAAAUCGAGUUCAAUGAAAAGAAGUCUUAUAACUUGAAAGUUGUAUUCUACAAUGCACCAGAAUAUUAUCCAAAAAAUUCAACAGUGGUUAUAAAAGAAGUUGUAGGUGGCCCUGAAGCUUGUGGGAUUACACUAAAUACAAGUUAUGCUGUAAACGAGGGUAAACAGUUAUCUGUUACCACCGAAGUUUGUGGAAAUCCAAAACCUGUUUUAACUUGGAAAUUACAAAAAGAAUUAGAGUAUUCAUACUCUACCGCAGUUGCGCCAGUGAAUAUCUCAAUCAUGCGAUACAGAUAUGUUUAUAAAACUCGACGUUUCGUGACACGUGAAGAUUGUGGUACAAAGCUAGUUUUCAAUGCGACUGGUACGAAUGGAAUGAUCAAGGGAGAGACACUAAUAGAUGUAACAUUUUCGCCUCGAAAAUUACAAAAUGCAAUAUUUUACAAAGAUAAUGAUUGUAUAAAUGGUAUAUGGACACGUGAAGCAACUGGAAAUUGUGUGCUUAACUAUCAUUUACAAUUUGAAGGAGGAAAAUAUAUUUUUAAUACAAGUGAUACAUACUACGCUGUGUGUAAUGUAUUAAGUGCUUCAUAUGUAUUUAUUUGGGCGUCAUACAAAAACAAAUACGGCGAGAAGAUAAAAAUCAAUGCUAGUUUAACAACUCCUGGACCUACAAAUGCUACCGAUCCUUGCACAUGUCCAAAACUGUUGGAAGUCAAAAGAUUGGAUACGAAGAAAUUAGUUUUAGCAAUAAUUAUAGCGUUUGUGGUCACGCAAGUAGCCAAUAUAUGCAUUUAUGGAGUUGUGAAGUACAGAGGUGCUGAGACUAACUGCAAAAAUAAGCAAAGCGCAAAAAACGACGACAAAAACGAAGAUAGACAAGAGUACGAAGUAUUUCCUACAACUGAAUCUCAUUAUACAGGUCUUCAAUUGGAAGCAAGAAAAGAAAUUGUUUAUGCCGAUUUGUCACCACCAACAGUCAAUAACUAUUCGGAAAUUGGAACAGAAAAAAGGUCAAAACAAUUUUAGCACACUGUGUUUUUCUGUAGAAGCACAUUUCCACGUCUUUUUUAAAGAAGCUUUACGUCCUUUUCGUCAACAAAGGCACCGAUUCCUGUCCAAUUUUAUUGAUCUUCUUGAUGCAAGAAGAGAAUAAAUAAAUUAUCAUCAGAAGAGUUAACGUAACUCUAAAAAGAUAUAUGGACGUUUUAUUGUCAUUAUAGCCUAGUUUGACUAUUUUAAAGUUGCUGCUACAUUUUGUAUGUAUGGCGUAACCUCAAAUUGAUCUAUUUCAGAUAUUUCGCAAAGCAUUUUUUUUCGCGAAUUGACCAUUCUUAGAUUUCUUGGAAAUAUUUCUUUUUGCAAUUCUAGCACUUUUUUAAAGUUAAUUCUAAUUAUUAAGAUUAUGACGGUCCUUAAAUCGGCUCCAAAACGAGAUUAUCAUUGCUACUAAGAUAUUCGCGAAAUGUUCAAGAAAUCAGAAGAACCUAAUACAGAUAUUUUAUCGACAAGGUAUGAGAAAAAACAGAAAACAUAAUCUGGUUUAAAAAGAAUUUGCCGCAUAAACUUUUGCAAAUAUAGGUAACAAUUGCAAUAUUGGCUAUAAUUCCCGUAUACACCUAUCAAUUUAAUCCUAAUCGAUCCGGGGUUUUUUGAACUUAUUAUAUCCGAGACUAGUUUGUACUAGAUCUUGAACGGUAGAAAAAGAAAGAAAGAAUCAAAGAAAAAUUGUUCAUUCUUGAUUACAUUUUACUUUUAUUAUUUUUUUCAAUUUUUGAAAAAUUCCGAUAUCUUUGUCUAAUUCGAAUUUUCAGCCUUCAAACCUGAAAAUUCGAACAAGAGAGACUUUAUACUAUUCGAAUCUCUCUAUAAUUCGGACAAAACCUUUUUCCCCUCGGGAUUCGAAUUAGAGAAGGUCAACCGGGUUAACCCUAUUCGGUCGGGGGGGGGACGGAUUCCGCCCCCCGGCCGCUGACGGUUUUUCUUAAUAACUCCUGACUGCUUUGUUACAUAUCUAUGAUACUUACUGAGUUUCAAUAUUUAUCUACUAGCCGAAUUCCUGUGGAAGAAUCCACUGAAUCUUUUAUUGAGUUCUUUUCAGGGUGCCAAAUAAAAACAUAGAACUCAGUAAUUUGAAUUUUCAAAACUCACAUUUUAAUAUCGACGCCGCGCUCUUUGUCUCUUUUAUAACGGGAUGGCAAAAAGAGAAAAACGCCCUGGGAUCGAGGUUGCUCACAAUCCGCCUUAUUUUAUGUUUAUAACCGCUGAAAGAAAUCGUCUAAAAAUAUAAGCAUGUGCAACAAAAACAUAUGUCCAAAAAAAGCCAUUCCAGAAAUACACCAGGGGAAAAAAGGAUACCAAACAUUGAAAAAAUCCAACAUUUUUCAAAGUCAUACAAAAUCAGCUGUUUAGUCUAUUGCAAACGGCAAACCUUCCAAAGUUAUACUCAAAAUACAAGAAAUUAAUAGUUGAAAACACAAAGAGAAAUAUAAAAACUUGAAUUAUUUAGUAUGUUGUAUA